UGCAAAGUCUGUCCGCGGGCCUUCCAUUCUCCCCGCCUUCCGGAAACGUACGUCUGCUCCGCUUCAGCUUCCCGCGCAGAUCAGAUCACCCUACCAAUAUAUAAGCACAACACUGCCAUCUGCAAGCAGCAUCUACACGGCCUAGCUUCAAACUCCCGUCUCCCCAUGUCUCGUACGUACUUCGACAAGAUGGCACCCGUAGCGAAGCUCGCAGUCCUUCUCGCCAUACUCUUCGCUGCCGUCGGCGGCGUCUCAGGCCUUGAAGCCGUGGCGCCAGCGCCGGCGCCCCUCGUCGCCCGUCUCAACGCCGCCUUCGCCGGCCUCGAAGGUUCCGUUCAGCAACCUGCGGACGGCGCCGUCGGCUGGAUGAUGGAGUGCUGGAGCGCGGUGACGGAGCUGCGGUCGUGCACGAACGAGAUCGUGCUCUUCUUCCUCAGCGGCGACUCCUUCCUCGGCCGUGACUGCUGCCUCGUCAUCCGCACCAUCACGCGUCACUGCUGGCCCACGAUGCUCGCCUCGGUCGGCUUCACGGCCGAGGAGGCCGGCAUCCUCCGCGGAUUCUGCGAUGCCGAGGUGGGCGGCGCUCACGCCCCGCCGGCCACUCCGUCGGUACCGCCCACAGCGCCGGCGCCAGCGCAGGCACGUUGAGACAUGUAGACAGGCACACGUAUGUGCUUCAUGCACGCGUGUGAACACAUCCACGAACAAAUUCCUAUCCAGCGUAUUUCUGCUACGCGCGCAAUGUAAUACGCUUACGCGGACUUCAGAAAUAAACCGGCUUGCAUGCACUUGUUUGCUUGAUUUGCUUUACGAAAGCUCAGUUGACUAAUAGUGUUCUUAAUUACUAAUCACUCAGACAGUGAUCCCUUUUG